AUGGGGAGUCCAAGUGUGCUUGCGCUGUUGCUCUGCUUCAGUGCUGUGGCGGCGACCGCCUUCGGGAGGCGGCUGGCCGGCCGCGAGGAGGUGCUGUGGCCCACCAAGGGCGGGGGCUUCAGUAAGGGACUCGGCGGCGGGGGUGGGCUUGGUGGUGGAUAUGGAGGUGGUGGUGGAUUUGGCGGCGGUGGCGGACUUGGAGGAGGAGGAGGGCUUGGUGGUGGUUAUGGAAAGGGAGGUGGACUUGGUGGUGGAAUAGGAAAGGGCGGUGGGCUAGGAGGGGGUGGUGGUGGAGGACUUGGCGGUGGUGGCGGACUUGGCGGAGGCGGAGGGCUUGGCGGUGGGUUUGGAAAAGGAGGUGGACUGGGUGGUGGAAUAGGAAAGGGUGGUGGGCUAGGAGGGGGUGCUGGUGGCGGACUUGGCGGAGGCGGAGGGCUCGGCGGUGGGUAUGGAAAGGGUGGUGGACUUGGUGGUGGAAUCGGAAAGGGAGGUGGGCUUGGCGGCGGCGGCGGACUCGGUGGUGGUAGUGGUGGUGGACUCGGUGGUGGCAUUGGAAAGGGCGGUGGCGGUGGACUUGGAGGCGGCUACGGGAAGGGCGGCGGGCUUGGUGGUGGGAUCGGAAAAGGUGGUGGUUUGGGCGGAGGCGCGGGUGGUGGAUUUGGCAAGGGCGGCGGGCUUGGUGGUGGGAUCGGAAAAGGUGGUGGUUUGGGCGGUGGUGCGGGUGGCGGAUUUGGCAAGGGCGGCGGGCUCGGCGGUGGGAUAGGAAAAGGUGGUGGUUUCGGCGGCGGCGCCGGUGGAGGAUUUGGCAAAGGUGGCGGACUGGGUGGUGGAUUUGGAGGCGGUGGAGGGGGCGGAUUUGGCGGCGGUGGAGGUUUCGGUGGUGGCUUUGGGGGAGGAGGUGGCGGCGGAAUCGGUGGUGGAAUCGGCGGCGGCCACUGA